AUGAGCACACCACCUCUGCGUCUCUAUCGCUAUACAUUUCCAACCCCAAUUGGGGAUUUUGUGCUUCUCAUAGAUAAUGACGGGGCCGUACGAUUGAGUAAUUGGACAGACUGUGAAGAUCAUGCAGUGGAGCGACUGCGAAGGGCGUAUAAACCACAGGAGAUUGUCAUUGAAGUUGUUGAUAAUAAGACAGAAGGAACAACAACAAAAACAAGAACCGAUGAAACUAUUAUUACUAAUAAUAAUGAUAAUAGUAAUAAUAAUAAUAAUAAUAAUGAUGCUCAUCCCUAUGCGGUCCAACAGCUAAAACGUUACUUUGACUAUCCCCCGUACUUCAAUGCGAGUACAGAUGCGAACAAAGACAAUAUAGAUAUAAACCAUCGUAUCCGACAAGAAGAAUUACAGAAAUUGUUGGAUACAGUUCCUAUACAUUACGCCCCAUCCACACCGUUUCUGCGAAAUGUAUGGACAGUUCUUCGUGAAGUGCGGUCUGGCGAUAUUACCACAUACGGCACACUUGCCAAACGUUGUCAACAUCCAAAUGCGAGUCGUGCGGUUGGGUACGCUAUGCGGGAGAAUCACAUAUGUGUGUUGUUGCCCUGCCAUCGUGUUGUUGGGGCCUCGCAGGCAUUGACGGGAUUUGGUUCUGGUCUCUGGCGUAAAGUGUGGCUCCUGCGGCAUGAGGGGGCGGCCAUUGUGGGAGAUGCCGUCAAGCGAAAACGAUCCGUUGUGAAGAUGUGUUAA